AGGUAUUAGGUGCUUUCUCUCUCUCUCUCUCUCAAAAGGUCAAGAAUGUGUAUAAUACGCAAUAGGUGUAUAUACAAUACAUACAUACAUACAGAUUGAUGAUAUAUCAUUGGUGUAAUCUUGCAUUUGAAUUGUCGUGGAUGAUUUUGUGGGUCAAAUUAUUAGGAGAAAGAGAGGUAGAAGAACCCGCCCACCCUCUUUCAUGAUUUUGUUGACAUACAUACAACAUAUAUCGAUCCAAUCCAGUUCUUGGGAGUACUAUUUUAUAUGAAUUGGUUUUUGCCUCAUAACCCUAGCUACCUACUGAUAUGCUUUCUUUGCUUUUGCUUGCCCACAAUUGUACACAAAUUAAUCCUCCAAACGCUUUACAAUUUUGCUUCUUCUUCGUCAUCCUAAUUUUUUUUUUUUUUUUUCUGCACCGACCCGAACAACAGUAUUGAUUGAGGAGCAAAUCUAGCUGCACAGCAAUAUAUAUAGAUACAAAUACAUAUGUCUCCAGAUAUGUGGGUAACCUUUUUGCCUUGUUGAUUCUUGCUCUUGGCGGUGAUAAUUGCUGUGAAAUCUUCGUUUCCGUACCUCUCGCCGAUUAGAUCUGUCUGGAUUUCAGUUGAUUUGACAAGUUCUGGGUCUUGAAUUUCAUGUCGGGUAGGGCUGCAGGGUUUUACGAGGACAUGAGUAUGACGACUGGGGGUAUGCCGUCGUCUUCCUCCUCCCCGUCGUCUUCCUUCUCCUCUUCUCUCCAGCUCAGAGCCCUUCCCGGCCUCUACAACUACGCCGCCGGAGCUUCUCACCAGCCCGACUCCUCCCCGACCACCAAUGGUAGCGGCGGGGACGACGAUUCAGAUGAUCACAUGAUGUUCGCCAGGAGAGGCGGCGGAGAGGCUGGGAGCAGCAGCGGCGCAUCUUACAGUACGGCCAUAGAAAAGGAGCAUAUGUUCGAUAAAGUGGUCACUCCCAGCGAUGUCGGGAAGCUAAACCGGCUGGUAAUCCCUAAGCAGUACGCCGAGAAAUACUUCCCGUUGGAUUCGACAACAAACGAGAAGGGGCUACUGUUGAAUUUCGAGGACCGGAACGGGAAGCCAUGGCGGUUCAGGUACUCGUACUGGAACAGCAGCCAGAGCUACGUGAUGACCAAGGGCUGGAGCCGGUUCGUCAAGGACAAAAAAUUGGACGCCGGCGACAUCGUCUCCUUCCAGAGAGGAGUCGGCGAGUUGGGGAGGGAUCGACUUUACAUCGACUGGAGGCGCCGCCCAGACGUGGCAGAGCUGCCGCCGCCCAUUCCCACAUUGUCAGUCCCACACCAAUUCUCUUUCCACAGGUCCAUUCACUCUUGGAAUCAUCCCCUCUUUUUGCCGCAUUCACACUUGCUGCACCAACCCAACGGCGGCAUCCACCCUCAAUUUCAGCAUCAAUACACAACCUACACCCCCGGCGCCGGCGCCGCCCAUUACCCCUACUCCGCCACCGCCACCACUUUGUUCAACGGAAACCCUUGCCCCCCGCCCUCCGUCGUCUACCCUAGAUCUGGAUUUUCAGGUCCUCAUCAUCAAGAGGCCGCUGCAGGAGAAUUAAGACAGGCGCAAGGGGGUGGGAUUGGGGUUGAGCAAGUGGUAUUCGAGUCGGUGCCGGUGGUCCAAGGUAAGGCUGCAGCAAAGAGGCUCAGGCUGUUCGGCGUGAACAUGGACUGUCCCAUCUCUGACGACUCAGAUCAUGAAUUAUGUGAUAAUUCCUCAAUGCCAUUUAUUCACCACUUGCUCCCUCCUCCUCCCCCUUUUGAAACUCCUCCUUCCAUGAAUUCCUCCGGUCCUGAUUGUCUCCAGCUAAGGCAGUACAAUCAGAACGACGACAAGGGCAAGGGUUCAUCGAUGUCUUUGGAUUUGGAUAUGUGAGCUGACUUUGGGGCAGAUGCAUGGCAAAUUAUACGCCUGAUCGAGGGAGAGAAGACAGUAUGUAUCGAAAAUCAUCUUUUGGCACUUUUGUUUUUAUUUGGCUCUGUGGGUUGUUGUUUGCUGUCGCUGCUGCAGUGGCUGCUUUGAUGGUCACGCCCGCCGGUAGGUACAUCCAUGGCCAGGUUUUGCCAGAGCUUUAAAAGAUGAAGUUUGGUUAUGCAACUCUUCAGUAAUCACAAUUUAGGAUUCGAAGGAGUUUCUGGUUUGCUGCUGGGAAAUUUAUAGUUCAGCAGUCACAUGAAAGGGAAGUCUCUGAAAUAAAAAUUUUGAAAAAACAUGUUUUCACCGAGGCAUCGUCAAUCUUGAGUUUCGCAUUAGUAGGUGUAUAUUGGUUAAGAAUUCAUAAACUCGUUGAAGGGCAGCUUGUUGAUCACUUUUGUGACCUAUGUGAUGUGGUCAUUAAUUGCAUUAUUGCAGAUUAUCCAUUUAACAUCGAUCAUGACUAUAUUCUUGAUAAUGCCCUAAAGGCAUUAGCCUAUUAUAGUUGCUUUUCAAAGAAGAAGAAUGAAGAGAAUCUUACCACCAUGUAGAGUUGCAGAUUUAUAUUGGGGAAGGAAUCAAAAGAAGUGUUUGAAAUAUGGAUCUUUUUUGCAGGUAAUUCGAAUAUAAAUACAUUGAUGGAUGAUUGUUCACUGCAUGGAUGAAUUGCUGCAAAGGUAAAGGGAAUUCAUUGGUAUUCAAUGUAGAUUUUGGAAAGAUUUCUUGAAAAGAACAGAUUUUCAUUUGAGGAAAGAGGGAAGAAAAUUAUAUAAAUAAAGCCAUAUACUCAUUGCAUUAUUAGGUUUGAUUAGUCAUAGGAGCAUUGAUGCCUUUAUAAGUUUGGUCCCCAAAGAUGAAAAUAGAUCCUUCUCCAUGUGUAUCUAUAUGUAUAUAUAUAAUAUGUUGAAAUUGUCAAUUAGGAUGUAGAAAACUAUUCAUGCAUAUAUGUCUUUUGUGUAUCCUAUUUUACCCCUCAGACUGAAUUUGCACUUCUUUUCUAGCUCUUCAUCUUUUAUCAUUGUAGUUUGUGGUCCUAAUUAUUAAGAUGCUUUUAAAGUGUCUAAAGAAAGGAAAAUUUGAGUUGGCAAGAUUCUUACAGUUGAAUAAGGUUACUUGUAAGAUUUUUCAAACUCUCAAACUAGGAACACAUAAAAAUGCAUAUGAACACACACACACACACACACAUAUAUAUAUAGCAGUGAUUUGUACACACACACACACACACAUAUAUAUAUAUAUAGCAGUGAUUUGUACAUUGAAUAUGCCAAUAUUUAGAAUCAAACGUGAUCAUUUGAAUUGGACAAAGACUGCAUCAAUCCAAUUUGAGAUUUAGCUUGAUAACUUGUUGUAGUAACCUAGCUAAUUAGUGGGCCGUAUACAGACAAAAAUAUAUUCACUGUAGAUCAUUCCUAUCAUAUAUAUGUAUAGAUGCAUAUGGUAACUUCAAGAAUUGUAUUCUAACUUUGCUACUGAAUCACUAAGUUUGGCUGUCAUAGUCUCAUUGGAAUUGUUUUGUUAUUAGUGAGGAGUAUGCUGCGUUGUAACGUGAUGAAUAAGAGAAUAUCCUUUUUGGUGAAAUGAACACUGAGAUAUACAUUCACACACACACACACACUGCAUAUGUGAUUUGGAUGAUUCUUUAAAUUAAUUAAUUAAUUGUGGUGAUUGUGUUGCAGGCAACUUGGCCUUUUUGUCUAUAUCUAUAUAUAUGUUGUAUAGAGAUACAAUGAGCAACGAAGUGUCGUUUUCGUGAAUGAUGCAUAGUGGAAAGAUGUGGCAGCAGAUCCCAGAAAACAACCCAGCUGCAAUAACGAAGUCUGUAUCUAUCAAUGUAUGUAUGUGUGUUAUAGGUAGGGUAAUGGGAGAAAGCAACGUGUCAUGGGGUUGCAAUGCAAAUGCACAAUCUCCCAUAACAGCCGUAAAGGUGCUGAUGUAUU